CUCUCUUUCCUUCUUGUAAUGAGAUAGUGUAGCUCCUCUUUAUUAUUGAUUCAAAUUAUUUCCUUCGGUAAUCUUUCCGAAGGCUUCUUUAGUCGGGCUUUCAUGGAGUGCAAUGCAUCGAUUGGAGCCUUCCACGGGAUAAAUCUCAUGCCGAAGACUGCUUCUGCAGGAAUUUCCCAUGUAAGAAUUGGAGGGACACCAAAGCAGUCUGCAUGUAAACUCCUCACAACUAUUAAGGCGUCUCAAUCUCAAUGUCCGGCUUCUUCUUCGUACUCGUUAUAUCAAGUGUUGUCUGUCCCAGAGAACGUGAGUGCGAGUGAUUUAAAGCGCGCAUACCGUAGAAUGGCUCUCAAAUACCAUCCUGAUGUCUGCCCUGCUGCUGAGAAAGAAGAGUGUAGCAAAUUGUUUCUUCAAGUUCAGGAGGCUUAUGAGACUCUGUCGGAUCCUCUCGUCCGCCAGGAUUACGAUUGGAGACUGCGAAAUGGGAUGGAAACUAACGAACGUGGAGGAAGAUUGGAGAGUUGCAAUUAUGCGUGGGAAGCUCAGCUGAUGGAGUUGAUAAAAAGGAGACCUGGUAACAAUUCAUCAUCUUGGGGCAGCAGAAUGAGAAGACGGAACCAACAAGAGGCUGCGCCUGCUUCUUGAUGACUUAUUUAUUUCAUUUCAUUCUCUAUGCAUUGCAUUCUUAAAUGUUGGUUCUAAAUUGAAGUUUCAAAAGUUGAAAUGGAUUUGACACCCGGUAUAUGUUGCCUGUACUAAACUAAUUACCCAGUGCUACAGUAUUAAGCAAUUCUCCUUCAUCUGACCAUUUUAUUGUCAUUUCGUAUUUUCACCAAAGUCAGUUGUAGAGAGUUUCGUGGGAGACAAUAUAUUUCUUCCUGCUCAAUCGAAGACUCUCGGAGCAUGACUCUUUGAUACGUAUUAUCGUUAAAUUGUAUUUUGU